GAGGAGAUGGCGUGGGUUUUGUGCGUGCUGCUGUUCCUGAGUUCUCUGGUCGCUGUGGCUCCUCUCUUCUGUUACACGUGUGUGUUUCCGGUGGUCUCUCCAGGGGAGUGUAUCCGGUUCCCAGUGAAGUGUCCUGUGGAGCAGCUGUGUCUGUCGAGUCGUGCAGUCGGACGCAGAGGGGACUUCCAGGUGGAGGUGACGGAGCGGAGCUGUGUAGCGGCGUCCAUGUGCGGGCAGACGGGACACAAACACGCGCUGGGACUGAACUUCACUUUUUACAACACUUGCUGCGACACCAACCUGUGCAACAGCGCCCCCACCUCUAGCGCCAACUACUGGAGCGCCUCUGCUAUUACACUGCUGCUCGGCCUCUCUGUGGGGAACGCCGCCCUCUAG